ACUGACCGCCCUCAAGUGUCUUUAUCGGCUUUUCGCCCCGUCCGCCGGCGUUGUUUAUUUGGGUGGCGGCGUGAGGGGAAAGCGGAACUAGCUUUAGCCGACUAGCUCCUCCAGGUCGCCUCCGUGGGGCGACUUUGCUCGUAUCCAAACCGGUUGUCGACGGCCACUCUAUACAAGUACAAUGCCGCAGACUAUCGAGCUCAGCGCCACGGGUGGAGCGUCCAAACUGGACAGCAACAUGGAUGACAUGACGGUGGAGCAGAUUGCCGCCAGGGCCAACCAAGUGACGGAUGAGUCGCUGGAGAGCACGCGCAGGAUGCUGCAAAUGACCGAGGAGAGCAAAGAAACUGGCAUCAAAACCAUGGUGAUGUUGGACCAGCAAGGAGAGCAGCUGAAUCGCGUGGAGGACGGCAUGGACCAGAUCAACCAGGACAUGCGGCUAGCUGAGAAGAACCUGACUGACCUCUCCAAGUGCUGCGGACUUUGCAUCUGUCCGUGCAACAAGGUGAGUUCCAUCGAGAACGACUCCCGAUACAAGCGCACGUGGGGCAUCGGCGGCGGACUCGACAACGAAAGCAACGGCGACGGUUCCAAAGUGGUGAUAAAGCAACCCGCCGCCAUUCACAACGGUCAGGCCGGCGCGCCACCGCCGACUGGACCCUACAUCAAGAGGAUAACCGAUGACGCCCGCGAGGACGAGAUGGAGGACAACCUAAACGCCGUCGGCGGCCUCAUCGGCAACCUGAAAUCCAUGGCGAUGGACAUGGGCACCGAAAUCGACAAGCACAACAAACAGAUCGACCGGAUCACUGAUAAGGCGGACAUGAACAAAGUGCGCAUUGACGAAGCCAACCAGAGAGCCACCAAGCUCAUCAACUAGGCAGCAGCUCGCUCUGCGGAGCGCCAAAUCGGAAAUGUAUACGGGAUCGGUCACCUACCUUUGCUUUAGAAAGUGUAAUGACCGCUUUUCACAAUGGCCACGUCUCCUUUCUCAACAUCUCUCUGCAUCAUCUACCUAUGGACUGAUUUCGACCCCCCCCCACACAUAAAAUGGCCCUCCGUGUAAUUAUUAUUGUAUGUGUAUAACUUCCACGAUGCAUCUAUUUAAUUCUUUCAAGCAGAGCUGUGAAUGAAAUCCUCUCAUUUUUUAUCUAUUUAAUGUGCUUCACGCGGCGGAGCGACAAGCUAACGCCCCGUCGACGGGAUUUCUGCGUGGAUUGUCAUGUACAUAAUUCUUGCUAGCAAUCAGCCUGCUAGCAUUCAGGUCUUGUGAUCAGUACGCGGCCGCUCCCCGUGUAAAUAUGUUUGCUCAGCUACAAAA